GGGACGGAGGAGGCGGCGACUCUCGCGCUGGGAACUUAUAUCCGUGUCCUCUCACAUCACCUUUUUGUUACUGUUGUUGUGGUUGUUCCCUGUGACUACUGGCAUAUCUGUCUGCCUGUGCUGCGGAGGCUGAGGGGGAUCCACCUGCCGGGGAGAGGACACACCUCGACAUGGAUGCUCUGAAAUCUGCCGGCAGGGCGAUCAUCAAGAGCCCCGGGGUCCCGCGGCACACGUGGGGGGCCUCCAAGCACGAGAAGCUUCCGGAGAACUGGACAGACACAAAGGAGACCCUGCUGGAGGGGAUGAUGUUCCACGUGAAGUACCUGGGUAUGACUCUGGUGGGCCAGCCUAAAGGAGAGGACAUGGCCUCGGCUGCCAUUCGCAGAAUUGUUGCCACGGCCAGAGCCAGUGCCAAGAAGUUUCAGAAGGUAACACUGACGGUGUCACCAAAAGGCAUCAUCAUCGCAGACACAGAGACCUCAGACCUCAUAGAGAACGUCUCCAUAUACAGAAUCUCGUACUGCACAGCAGAUAAAACUCAGGAUAAAGUCUUUGCGUAUGUUGCUCAGAGUCAGUGCAAUGAGACCCUUGAAUGCCAUGCAUUCCUCUGCCAGAAGAGAAAAAUUGCUCAGGCUGUGACGCUAACAGUAGCCCAGGCCUUUAAGGUAGCCCUGGAUCUUUGGGAGAUUGCUCAGGAAGACAAAAGCAAGAAAGCGAGGACCUGCUGUUCCUGUGCAGUGAGCGACGGGCAGACGGAGACAACAGACACGCCACGUGUCCCAGCUGCCACUCAUCUACACCUGCCAUCCCCCUCGCAUCCGGUGGCGCACAACCCCAUCAGGAUGGAGGAGAAGCUGCGGAGGCCCUUCUUCUCCGCUUCUCUCAGUUCACCGUCACCUCGUAGUAACCCGACUCGAAGACGGCCAAUCAAACACGACUCCUGGGAUGUGGAGGAUGGACUCGAUGACGCAUUCUCAAGCACCAUGGAAGUAGAGGAGGCAGAUGCUGACUGGCCGAGUCCCGCUCCGAACCCGUCCCUGACAAUGCAGCUCUGAGCGUCCUGGAGGUCUCCUCACAGAAUCUGCUGCCCGUCUGCAUCAGCGAGCUGGAGUAACACAAACUGGCAACGGCUGCCCACCACACAGCAUAACGGAAAUUAGACGGAAAGCAUACUGCAGUUUCCGAGACGGAUAGAAAGCACACUUCACUUGAUCAGACAGAAUAUCACAUCCCGCGUGAACUCGAUGAGGGAGACUGUGUCAGAUAUUCUGUGGAAACGCCAAAAUGAUCGUCACGAUAUGAAAUGAUUUUCCUGUGGCUGCCUCUUAUAGGCAACACACACUGUGUAAACAUCCAUCUGCAGCUCUGCAACUUUCAGAUGGAAUAUGUUUCUGACAGUGUACAUACAGCACUGCGAGGCAAGCAGAAGUACAACCUCGUUACAGGAAGAUGUUUAGAAACAGGCUGAAUACUAAAGUCGGGGUUAGAAUGCACGGACACUUGUAAGUCUUGAUAAAUAGUACACAAAGAUGUAGUUGGCAUCCCGGCCUGGAGAUGUUUAAGCGCACAUGUCUUUGAAAAUGUGAAAGCUCUCUGAUCUUGUUUGUUUGGCUCCCAGUUUCACUGAAAGAAGGUCAGUGUUUGACUCAUCGUCAGACGCUGGUAUCGUGCUGACUCAGUUACACAAUACGUGUAUCACCAUGCUGAUCAAACCAUUUCUGUUUGAGAAUGAAACAUCGUGUUAUGAAGGAAUUAGAGACACAGGCACACGACCAUACCCUUGUUGUAUCUUUUUAACACAAUAUAAACAUGUAAAACAUGUUCUGGAACUGCAAUUGCUGAGAAUGAAGCAAAUGUGUCUCGAGGAGGCAUACAUGUAACAUCAUAAAAAUGGAGGGCAGUGCUAAAAUACACAUAUUGAGCCAAAAUGCUGUUGGCAGUCAGAUUAGGCUAUUUAAAGUGGUGCAUUCACUGAACUAGAGCUUAGGGACCGGCAGCCAUACACAACCUGGCAUCUAAAGCGGCCAUUCAGAAAUCUGGCAUCAGGCUUGCGCGACCCAAAAAGAUGCAAAUAAUUUUGCAGAAGUAAUGAUAUUCUGACUUUUUAGACGCUAGUCUGUUAAGCCCCUAAAACCCCUGCAUCUUAUGUUCUCCGCAAUACAAUACUCCUAAUUUGCAGUUCAGGCUUUACGUCAGAGAUUUGUCGUCUCAGUUUCUGAGCUGGCAUGACCCCGGGGAUGAAAACCGCUGUAAUGCCAAAUGAAUUAAACGGCAUGUGUAAAAGCGCCCCUGGCUUUUAAACUGAACUGCAAGUGUAACCUAACUGCGGUGGAUGAAUUUGUAUUGAAAAUGAACAAUCCACUUCAGUCUUCAUCAAAUACAAGAGGACCCAGUUUGACAUUUCUGUUACAUCCAGUUUCAGCUGUUGUGUUUGAUAUGGCCUUUUUUGUCGUCUUCUCUCGUUCUUUCACUGUACAUACAGGUGGUGUCACUGUUAAAGAACUGUGACAAUGUUAUGGUAUGUUCUGGCCCCUUGAGUGAAAACACGCAGUCGUUGAAGCAAUUUGCUUCUCUCGAUUGUGUGCAUAUUGUAUCAUUGUAAAUGACGUAGAAGCAGGGCUCCGUAUGGGUGUUUUUAAAAGUAUUUAUCAUUUAUUGUUGAGAUGUGAAUGUGUAAAUUCUUGUAUAUUUUGCAUUACCGUAAACUAGACAACUUGUACAGAUUUAAAUGUGUGUGGAUUGCUUGUCUUUUUUUCUUCUUUUUUUAUUAACCCACAUCCAUCACAUUAUUACAUUACUGAACACCUUCUGUUAAGUUGAUAGUCACUUGUUAGAUUGAUCUUUUUUUUUUUUUUUGUAGAAUGGUAAAAAUCCAACAUGUUUUCUCCAAAAGCUGUUUUUUUAUAUAUUUUUUUUUUUUAUCUCACUUGUCGAAGUGACUUUGCCCGAAAUCUUAUCACAAAAUAUGCAGUUUAUUUUUAUCCACCUCUCAGACAGCGUCCAUUGUGGCCCGGUCUGAAGUGUUUGUUCUCUUUGCAUUCAUGCCAUCCUGGACUGAGAAUAAUUGCGACGCUGGGAGGUAGCAAGGGCUCCGGGUUGUUGUCAUGACACCCACUGCAGGAUAAUCGGAUGACUUCUCGGGUUGCGCCACGGAGCUUAAUUGCAUUCUUUCUUUCCUGUCUGGCAAAAAUAUUGGCUUAAUCAUCUUUUGAAAGCAAGCUGUUAUAUAUUUGGAAUCAAAAAUAGCUUGCAGCAUUUCAGUUAAUGAUCUAUUGACAAUGAGGCCCAAGGACAGGGCAGUGCAGUGUCGAAAUGCAAUGUUGCAUUUUGCACCUUUCCUUUCUGCUUUCACCUUUCUUCCCUCCACUGAUUUCUUGUACAGAUACCCAAGGAUCCAGUGAUUCAGUCUCAUCCAUGGAUAUUUCAUGAUUAGUUUUGAUCAGGAGGUCUAAACGGGUUAAAAAAUAACAAACAAAUGUAAUUGGUAGUCAUUCUUAUUAAGUGUGAAAGGGAAAACAAAAAAAACUAAUUUAAUUGAACUCUGCAGCCAAACCCUUCUGGAUUGCUUUGCAUUGAACUUUAAUUUUAAACAAGUCUUAUAUAAAUUAUAUUGUGCCACAGAUCAAUCUGACGAGCUCCUAGGAGUUCUGUUUCAUUUAGCCAGUAUAUUUUAUGCAUCGAUGCGGGCAGACUCCCAAGAAAUGGGGAGAGGGUGCAGCUUUGGCACAGCUCCGAGUUUUCUGCGCGCGAGGCGAUGGGAGACCGGCUCUGGUGGCAUGUAACAUGCUAAAUUGAGUCCGGCCUUUGCUGAAUACAGAUCAGCCGGUGAAACGUUUAAAGGACGGAAGAAUGACAGAUUUUCAACAGGAGAGGCCGAAGACUUUCCAGCCAAGCUUUUGUCACCCGAAAUAACCACUGAAGUUUACAGCAUUGGUUUACUUUAACAAGGUGCUUCUGUUCUAUCUAUGCAAAUAGUGGAUUCCCAACAAAGGUGUGAUAUUAUAAUAGUAGUUUGUGUGUAAACCACAAGCAGUUGUUCUGAUCUGUGUGAACACUUGUACAGAAUUUGGAAACUGUUGCGGUUUACAACAUAUUUAUGCAUAAUAAAGGACUU